AUGCAUCACAAGAUUGGCCUUGCUACCGCUGCGGUGGCCUUCAUUUCGUCAAGUUCCGCAACCUUGGACACUGCWGCUUUAGCAACCCGCUACUUUGGAAACGAUUCACCAUGGUAUCGCGACAGGAUCCCAUACUUUGAGAUUUCCGACCCGAGCAUUCAAGACGUCUACUAUUACCGCUGGGGAGUCUAUCGUGCUCAUCAACGAGAUAUCGGACAGAGAGGAUACGUCAGCACCGAAUUCCUCGACGAUGUCGGUUGGCAGCUUGAGCCUUGGGCGACUUUGAACGAUGCCACGGGCUUUCACAUCGGAGAAGGCCGUUGGUUGCGCGACCGACGCUAUACAGACGACUACAUUCGACACAUGUACAAUGGCGGCAACGACAGGCACUUUACAGAUUACAUGGCCGACUCGGUCUGGCAGAGAUAUCUGGUCGAUGGGGACGUUACUAGUAUUACUACGCAUCUGCAGGCAAUGAUUGAUCUUUACGAACAGUGGGACGAUGCGUUUGAUGCUGAUAAGGGCCUUUACUGGCGAGAGCCGCUCGCUGAUGCCACAGAAUACACCAUCUCCAGCAUCGAUGCUUCUGGCGGAGAAGAUGGCUUUACUGGUGGCUACGCUUUCAGACCUACCAUCAACUCCUACAUGUGGGCCAAUGCUCUUGCGAUUGCCAAUGUCGCCGAUCUUGUAGGAGAGAGCUCGACGGCGGGCAUCUUCAGAGAACGGGCUUCUACGUUGAAGACUAGAUUCCAAACCGACAUCUGGAAUACCACUCUCGAGCACUUCAUCGAUAGACAUCAGCGUAGCAACGAAUUUGUUCAAUAUUAUCAGCCUAUCCGUGGCAGAGAGCUAGCUGGUCUCGUUCCUUGGAUGUUCGGGAUGCCAGACAACAACUCGAAGUAUAAUGCAGCUUGGAAGCACAUUCUUGAUACAAGCCAACUCAGGGGCCUCAAUGGUAUGCGUACUGUCGAGCCAUCCUACCAGUACUAUAUGCGUCAGUAUCGAUAUGAAGGUACCAAUCGGGAAUGCCAAUGGAAUGGACCAGUCUGGCCAUAUCAAGUGACUCAGGUCCUUCUAGGAAUGGCAAACCUCCUCAACAACUACAACCAAACCAUCAUCUCCAAAACCGACUACCUACGCGAACUCCGUUCAUACACCAGAAUUCAUUCCAACAGCGGUAAACUCAACUUAGAGGAAAACUACGAACCCGACAAAUCCGGCCCAAUUGUAGGUCUCGCUCGAUCACCCCAUUACUUCCACUCAGGCUACAACGACCUCAUCAUCACAGGUCUUGUAGGAAUCCGACCACGUAGCGAUAACACCUUGGAAAUCCACCCUAUGAUUCCUUCAAACUCCAACAUCUCCUACUUUCGUCUGCAAGACGUCAGUUAUCAUGGGAGGAAUGUUGCCGUACAAUGGGACGCCAGUGGGACUCGCUAUGGUCAAGGCGUAGGGUUGAAAGUCGAGAUUGAUGGGGUAGUGGUGGCUUCUUCUGCAACCCUCUCGAGAUUGACGGCUCCCAUUGCGAAGAGAGCUGCUCCAGCUAUCAAUAGAAGUCUUAUUGCCAAGUCUGUACAGUUGGGCGAUGAAUAUCCGCGCGGAUCAGCUUCUAGCGGACAGGAUGCUGGUAAAAUAGCCGACGCCAUCGAUGGGAGAGUUUGGUUCUACCCCGAGCUUCCAAACGGUUGGGACUCCAAUACAACAUCCACCGAGUCAACGCAGUGGUAUAAUGUGGAUUUUGGCCAAGCGACUCUGCUCGUUGGAUGUGAAUUGGCGUUUUUCGUCGAUGAUGAUGGUGGCGAUUACGCUCUACCUCUUUCUUACGAUAUCUUGCGAUUUGACGAGAGUGGUGAAUGGGUUAAAAUUGUCGGUUUCGGGGAAUCACGGUUGGUUGCUAAUGGUAUUACUGACGUUUCUUGGGAUGGUGUGAUUACGAACCAGCUGAGAGUUUCUUUUCGGCAGCCUGCUGGGAAGAGAGUUCGUCUUGUGGAGAUUAAGGCGUUUUGA